AUGGAAGAAGAUAACCCAUGGGAGAUCUCAACAUCAACUGAAAAGAAAGCAAAGUUCCUGAAACACAGACGAUCAAGAUAUGCCAAAGCCUCAGGACCUUUCUGGCGUGGCAGAAAGGUAAAAUCCUCUUCUUCUCAUGAUGUUGAGCAGAAGAGAUUCAAGUGUGAGUGCUAUUACUGCAAGAAGUACCCUGGGACAUCUUCUGGAAUCUCAGUGAACAGGAAAUCCACUUCUUAUUCUUCCCCCUGGUAUAAUCUCUCCCUGAGCUUCAGUAACUUGACACUCAACCCUGGUACCAACCAACCCCCUCUCGUGCAAGAAUGGAUCCAAGAAAGUGAGAUGAUGGAAGAAGCUUGGAAGCAGCAGAGUAAAAGAGCAUUUCAGAGGCUUGUACACAUAAUGGGCCGAAUGUCACUGAGCUCCUCAUCCUCAGGUGAAGGAAGUGCAGAACAAAUCAUGUCCUGA